AUGCCUCCCCGAAUACAGAGCCAGCUGGUCUCCGGCUCCUUUCUCCCCUAUGUCUCCCCCUCUACCUCUACCUCUUCCGCCUCUUCCACAUGUAUCUCUAAAGUCACACAAUCAUGCUCCUCCCGAUCCUUUUCCUCCUCCCCCGCUGCUCAGACCAGACUCCGAAAUGAGAUGUUCUCGUGGCUCAACGGCGAAGGCGUUGCUCUGAAACAACACACACCCGGACGAACGAACUAUGUGUCUCGUUUGAAGGGCAUUGGCAGCAAUCGGCCGUUCCCCUUGAACCCCAACUUCGUCAGUGAGCCCAUCUUGAGCGAGGAGCUGCGCAAAGAGAUUUACCGGCGCGUUGUGGACCGGAAGCAGAGUGUACGUGCUGUCAGUGUGGACCUCGGGGUUGAUAUGAGGAGAGUCGCGGCUGUUGUAAGGUUGGUGGAGCUGGAGAAGAGAUGGAAACAACAGGGCAAAUCAUUAGCAUUGCCAUAUGCUCGGGCCGUCCAUGAGAUGGUCCCAACAACACAACUCCGCAGUGACAUGGACGCACGACCCCACGAAUCUAUCAAUGAUCUCCCCGUCCACCGCCUCACCGAUCCUCAGAUCUUCUACCCCGUCUCCGAGUCCCGGCAAUUCACCCGCAUGGACGCUGGUCGGGUGUUCUCUGCUGCUCCUGCCCUCCCCCACGAAGAGACAGCACACAGCGCAGCAAACCCGGCCGAGGCUGUCAGCCGCAUCACACAGAAUCCCUCGCGGAUCGAGCGUGUCGGAAAGGGCGCAGACGAGCAUGAAGUCCUGCAGCCCGCGGACGCGCGUAUCCCGCACCCGCACCUGGUGGCGCACGAGCGCCAGACCUUGGCCAAGCCCAACGAGCACCGCGAGAACAUGAAGCUGUAUCGCGAGCGUCUGCAGAAGGAGGAGAAGGCAGAGCAGGAACGCAAGAGCCUCGCCAAGCUGCGCGCCGAGCAGCAGACCGUCCGGGUCCAGCCGGAUGCCUCGCGGUUCGAGUUCCGCAUCAAGGACGUCGUGGUCAGCCGGGAGACCACCGGUCCUGAUGGUCGUGGUGCCCGCGCGCCUGGUCGCAGAUAUGGUGUGCCCACGUAUGACCGUAAGAAGGGCCAGGUCAAAAUACCUACCCGUGUGGAGGUUUAA